AUGCGGGACAGUCACCAGGCUCCUGAUCUGAGGAUUGAAUAUUAUCAAUGGGAAGGCCGACGAUACUGUAUGGUGAACGGAGGCAUCGCCUACCAGUUCCCCUGGGACGAGAUUGAGUGGGAACGGCUUGACAUGAUACAUUGUCUAAUACACGAUCAUGCGCUUGACAAAAGGUCUUACAUCUCGCCUCUGGAUGCUUCCUCGGGACGGGCAAAGAUUCUCGACGUUGGAUGUGGCACUGGAAUAUUCUGUUACGAUGUCGGGGAAGCAAAUCCCAACUUCGAUGUUAUAGGUAUCGACUUGGCCGACGGUCCAAAAGGCGUCGCGAUACCGAACGUCCAGAUCAUGACACCGGUGGACUUCAAUUUGCCGGAAUGGCCGCUUCGACCUCACGACUUCGAUCUGAUCCGCAACGCCCACCUGAACGGCAGCGUGACUAAUUGGGAGCAGCACUUGAGAAAGUGUUUUCACUAUCUCAAGAGCGGGGGAUUCUUCGAACACAUCGACAUUGACUUCACGCCUCGACUACGCCUGGAGUACACUCCUCCGCGCGACGAGCUGGUCGCGGCAGGCGGCUACCAGCGCUGGCAAGAGAAGUUGAUGGAAGAGAUCCGUCCAGUGCAAGAGUGGUGGCACCUGAUGCAGGAAGCUUCGCACCGCAUGGGAAGGCCUCUCACAUACCCCAGCAACAUGGAGGAGAUGCUGGAGAACGCGGGAUUCGACAGGACGCAUCACGAAACCUUCCGCAUUCACAUGGUGCCGCCACCUGUGGACGGCGACAUCCGCGAGGAGGACGGCAACCGCGCUGAGGUGAAGAUGGAGAAUCUUUUCAAGGGUGCCAUGUUCCAGUUCCACGCCAACCGUGCUAAUCGUCCUGUGGACCUUGAAGGGCUCACGAUGUAUCUCCUGACGCAAUACUGCAACCCGCCCCGAUCGGUCGAUGAGGUCCGGAAACGAUGCGCCGACGUCGCUCGCAUCUGCAAUAGUCGAAGGCGCCCGGUGUACUUCAACCUGUAA